AUGGAGCUGACCACGCUGGCGGCUCGCUAUGGUCGAGGAACGUUAGCCAAUCCUCAAUGUAAAGUGGAAGCGGCUCUGGACCUCAUCCUGAUCAAUUCAUUCCCUCUGGUGGGCAACUCUGAGACAUCACUUAUCUGUAUCACUUCCAAAUGGCGUUCCCGUGAGUCUAUCACAAUAGACCGAGACCAGGAGGAUGUGACAAACCAGCACAGGGAACCACUGGAAGUUAAUGAAGACUCAAAGAGAGCAACAGCCAAAACAGUGGUGUGGAAGAGGGAACAGGCCAGUGAGACUAUUGGAGCAUAUUACUGUGAAGGGAAACUCAAGGAUGAGGUGACAAGGAUACAUACCAUGAAGAUGCCGCUGGGAGCCUCAUUCCACCCAGUGGCAUUAACUGUUACAGCAAAUAAGGGAGAGCAUGUGAAUAUUUCCUUCAUCAGAAUGGCAGCAAAAGAGGAAGAUGCAGUGAUCUACAAAAAUGGUUCCUUCAUCCACUCUGUGCCCAGGCAUGAGGUGCCGGGGGAGCUGGAAGUCUCCUAUCCUCAAGUUCAACCACAGGAUGCAGGGGUUUACUCUGCCAGAUAUAUAGGAGGAAACCUCUUUACUUCUGCUUACACAAGGCUUAUUGUAAGACGAUGUGAAGCUCAGAAAUGGGGCCCUUCCUGUAGCUCCCACUGCCCUUCCUGCACGAACAAUGGCAUUUGUCAUGAAGAUACUGGGGAAUGCAUCUGUCCUCCAGGUUUUAUGGGAAAAACAUGUGAGAAAG